AUGUCUGGAGUGAAGGAGAACUUUGUCGUUCCCUUCUUGGGAGCACUACAGGCUUCGCUCGCAGUUCUUCUAACCAUCUUCUGGGGUGUCAUUGCUGCACAGUUCGACCUUUUGAAUGAGAAGUCGGCAAAGGACAUCUCCAAAGCUUGCGUCAGGUUGUUCCUGCCUGCAUUGUUGAUUGUCAACGUUGGACAGCAGUUGAGUAUCGAAUCUGGAACAAAAUACCUGGCUGUCUUCAUCUGGGCCAUCAUCUACAAUGUGCUCAGCAUGGUCUUUGGUCUCGCAGUGACUAAAUUCCUGAAGUUGCCUCAAUGGGUCACUCCCGCAAUCGCCUUCAAUAACACGACCUCGCUACCUCUCCUCCUCGUCCAGUCCCUCCAAUCGACCGGUAUCCUCGACUCUCUCGAUGCAUCCAGCGACACCAUCGACCGUGCCAAGUCAUACUUCUUGGUCAAUGCCAUGGUUUCCAAUUCCUUGACCUUCGCUCUGGGACCUCGCCUCCUCAACGGUCAGAACGAAGACUCGCCCGAUGAAGAGCCCGAGAAAGAGGAUGAAGACGACGAAGCUGAAAGAGGCUCUAUUCAUGAACACCAGGAGGAAAAUGAGGAGACCUCCCUUCUCCCCAACCGCGCUGUCCGUCCAGGAACAAAGGUCAUCUACAAAACUCAGAAACGCCUGAGUAACUACUACUCCUCGCUGUCACCUCGCACACAGGCUGUAUUGGAUUUCCUCUACCAAUUCUGGAACCCGCCUCUUAUUGGCGCUGUAAUUGGUGGCAUUGUCGGUUUGGUUCCUGCUUUGCAUACUCUCUUCUUUAGCAAACCUCAAGAAGGCGGCUACUUCAACGCCUGGUUGACUUCGUCUAUCAAGAACAUUGGCGACCUCUUCGCAUCUCUCCAAGUUGUUGUUGUCGGUGUGAAGCUGUCACAGGCCAUGCUUCGAUACAAGAAGGGAGAGCAAAGUGGUAGCGUGCCGUGGAAGCCUUUCACUAUCAUCACCAUCGUCCGUUUCAUCAUCUGGCCCAUGAUCAGUAUCCCCCUGGUUUGGGUCCUGGCCAGCAAGACCAAUAUCCUUUCUGACGACCCUAUCUUAUGGUUUGCCAUGAUGUUGAUGCCAACUGGACCACCUGCAAUGAAGCUGACUGCACUUGCUGAUGUCAGUGGUGCUGGCGAUGAGGAGAAGAUGAGUAUCGCCAAGUUCUUGACGAUCUCCUACACCAUCUCACCUUUGAUCUGUUUCUCGGUCGUCGGUGCGCUGAAAGCUAGUCAGGCUAUUACCAGUAGCUAA